AGAGGCAGGCAGAGAAGCGCUGAGUCAGACUGCUCGUUCGCUAUAAAGAUUAUUGGGUUGGCGCUUCAACAGUGAUUGAACGGAACCCCCUCCAUCGGACGCCAUGAACUCCCAGGUUCGCCAGAAUUUCCACCAGGACUGCGAGGCCGCCCUCAAUCGGCAGGUCAACCUGGAGCUGUACGCCUCCUACGUGUACCUCUCUAUGUCUUAUUACUUUGAUCGUGACGAUGUGGCAUUAAGGAACUUUGCAAAAUAUUUUCUGCACCAAUCCCAUGAAGAACGUGAGCAUGCAGAGAAACUUAUGAAGAUGCAGAACCAGCGUGGAGGAAGGAUAUUUUUGCAGGAUGUGAAGAAGCCGGACCGCGAUGAGUGGGGCAGUGGUUUGGAGGCUCUUGAAUGUGCUCUGCAGCUGGAGAAAAGUGUCAACCAGUCCCUUUUGGAUGUGCACAAAUUGGCUACAGAACGCAACGACCCUCAUCUUUGUGACUUCUUGGAAACCCAUUACUUGGACGAACAAGUGAAAUCCAUAAAGGAGCUUGGUGAUCAUGUGACCAACCUGCGCAAGAUGGGAGCCCCACAAAAUGGCAUGGCUGAAUACCUCUUUGACAAACACACAAUGGGGGAGUCCCAUGACUGAGUGUCCUGCUUCCUGCCCUUUAUCUGUUCUGUUUGUGAAAUCUUUAUUUACGUUUCUCUGCUAUAUUUUUGACACUAAUAAAAUUGUACAAGGUG